CUUGCCCUGGGAAGGAGAGACUCUAGGCACUGCUGGGCAUCAUGCAUUCAGCUAUCCUGGCUACCUUCUUCUUGUUGAGCUGGACUCACUGUUGGUCCCUGCCCCUUCCCUAUGGUGAUGAUGAUGACGAUGACUUGUCUGAGGAAGAGCUUGAGUUUGCAGAGCACUACUUGAAAUCAUACUACCAUCCUGUAACUCUUGCGGGUAUCCUGAAGAAGUCUACAGUGACCUCUACAGUUGAUAGGCUCCGAGAAAUGCAGUCGUUCUUUGGCUUAGAGGUGACUGGCAAACUUGAUGAUCCCACCUUAGACAUCAUGAGAAAACCAAGAUGUGGAGUGCCUGAUGUGGGUGAAUACAACGUUUUCCCUCGAACACCCAAAUGGUCCCAAACGAACUUAACUUACAGAAUUGUGAACUAUACCCCGGAUAUGUCCCAUUCUGAAGUGGAGAAGGCAUUCAGAAAAGCCUUCAAGGUCUGGUCUGAUGUGACACCUCUGAAUUUCACCAGAAUCCAUGAUGGCACUGCUGAUAUCAUGAUAUCUUUUGGAACUAAAGAACAUGGUGACUUCUACCCAUUUGAUGGGCCUUCUGGUCUUCUGGCACAUGCUUUUCCUCCUGGACCAAACUAUGGUGGGGAUGCCCAUUUUGAUGAUGAUGAAACCUGGACAAGCAGCUCCAAAGGCUACAAUUUGUUUAUUGUUGCUGCCCACGAGCUUGGCCACUCCCUAGGUUUGGACCACUCCAAGGACCCAGGAGCCCUGAUGUUUCCUAUCUAUACUUACACCGGCAAAAACCACUUCAUGCUUCCUGAUGAUGACGUUCAGGGAAUCCAGUCUCUCUAUGGUCCAGGAGAUGAAGACCCCAACCCUAAACAUCCCAAAACACCAGAGAAAUGUGACCCAGCCCUAUCCCUUGAUGCCAUUACCAGUCUCCGAGGAGAAACCAUGAUCUUUAAAGACAGGUUCUUCUGGCGUCUGCACCCUCAGCAGGUUGAGGCUGAGCUGUUUUUGACAAAGUCCUUUUGGCCAGAACUCCCCAACCAUGUGGAUGCUGCAUAUGAACAUCCAUCCCGUGACCUUAUGUUUAUCUUCAGAGGGAGAAAAUUCUGGGCUCUGAAUGGUUAUGACAUUCUGGAAGGUUAUCCCAGAAAAAUAUCUGACCUGGGAUUUCCAAAAGAGGUGAAGCGGCUGAGCGCUGCAGUUCACUUUGAAGACACGGGAAAGACCCUCUUCUUCUCCGGGAACCGCGUGUGGAGUUAUGAUGAUGCUAACCAGACUAUGGACAAAGAUUAUCCCCGCCUCAUACAUGAGGAAUUCCCUGGCAUUGGUGACAAAGUAGAUGCUGUCUAUGAGAAAAACGGCUAUAUCUACUUUUUCAAUGGGCCCAUACAGUUUGAAUACAGUAUCUGGAGUAAUCGCAUUGUGAGAGUCAUGGCAACAAAUUCCAUAUUGUGGUGUUAAACAUCUUUCAAAGUUGUUAUUUAUGUCCCAGAGAGUAUUUGGGCUACUUUUAGAUGUAUGGGGUGGGGGGUGGAGAUAUCAGGGGAGAGCUUAGUUCUGUGAACAAGCUUCAGUAAGUUAUCUUUGAACAUGCAGUAUCUAUAUGACUAUGCGUGGCUGGAACCACAUUGAAGAAUUUUAACGCAGUGAAAUUGAGAACCCCAAGGAUCACCUCAUUCUUGGGUGCUAUGAAGAAGCAAGAUUGAUAAUUUCCACAGCAAACAUAGGGGUCCAUCUGCUGAUGAGAGUGAACUAAUUAUUAAUAUAUUUAUAAAAUUGCCUAACAGGCAUAAAAUAAAUCAUAUUUAUAUAACUGAAUUGUCUCUAUAAAAAAAAAGUAUAAGCUUAGAAACAAGAAAAUUGUGAGGAGUUCAUCUGUGGGAAGCCACAGAUGAGCACAGAUAAAGGGAAGUGACUAUAAAAUACACAUUAACAGACCAUUUCCCAAGGAGACAUUUCAGCUUUUCACUGUGAGUAUUCAGAUUUAAACCCAUUUUUGCACAAACACUAAGAAAAUAUCAAAGUCACUAAAGGAAGAGGAUAACAGCCACUAUGAGGGCAUUGAAGGUGACUUUAAAUUUGACUUAAUUUUUAUGUUGGGUCAUUACUCAAGGCUGUGUGCACACUGAUAGAAGAUAAGGAGAGAGAAAUAGAGGAUUUCUCUUUUUAUUAAAUAUUUUAGGCAUUUAAAAGACCCUGAUGUGAAAAAUCAAACUGUUACAAUAUACCUAAGCAACAGCAUAGCUUUUUCAUAGAUUGACUAUUCAAGAAUAAAUCUAGUGUUUCAACCCUGUUUAUCUACCCACUUGUUUUAAUGACUCAUUGAUUCUUGGAUACAUAGACUUGUGUGACAGGAGUUAAGGCAGACAUACUAUGUAGAAGUAGAUCCAUUAAGACACAGCGAGCCAGAAUAAAGACUAUGCCAACUGUACAGCCACCCUUCUGAGACCACCCCUUUGUCCUCCACCAUGUUUGUUAACCCCUCCCUACUUUCCUUAGUGACUGACACUUGGAGAUUACUGAUGUGUGAAUAACUAUUGUGUCAAGAGAUGGUGUUUAUUAAACUAGGACAGGGAAAAAGAAGUGUGUUUUUGAACAAUACGUUAGAUUGUGUUUAUGUUGUCUCUAAUAAAAGUAAGUGUUUUCAGCAGA